GUCUGCUGUGAAAGGUUACAGUUGUUUUUCAGUAUCAUCUGGAGAUCAUCUAUUGUUUGUGACCAGUCACUGCUUGUUUUGGAUAUUCAGCAUUUGAAAUGGCUUCCCAAGGAUCUUUCCACAGCAGGAUCUACUUCCUCUGCCCUCACUGCAAGAAGGCUCCACGCUCUCUUCCUGUGCACCUCAGGACGGCGUGCAUGCGCGGCCGCGCAGAGGCAGAGGUACGGGCCACUGUGAUUGAAGCCAAGAAAGAGAUGUCUGAAUUUACCCACAGGGAACGUUUCUGGGAGUACCAGCGUAUUCAAGACAUUUUGGCAACUGCUGAUCCUCUUGCCAGGUUGUUAGACGAGAUGCAAAAGAAGGGCUUAGUGGUAACAAACAAACCUCCAGUCCUCCCUAACCCCACACUGCCUGUGCCCUCUUUACCUUCAUCUGCUCCUCAAAGCCCUGGAGAAGGUGCGAACGAGCCACAUGUUGUGACGAACGUGACCGUUCAGGAAUGGGAGGGGAAAACCCACAUACCGAACGGAGCUUCAGUUGCAGUGAAGGAGGAUAAAACAGAAGUACUGCUGACUGAUGACCAGGAACAUGGUUUUGGUCUGUACUUCAACAAGGUACGGCCGGCGACGCUUCAAGGAAAUGAUGCGAAAGCAGAGGACAAAUUUUUUGCGUUGAGUAGUGGGAGGCCGAUAUAUAACCCCUGCAAUGAUUCGAACAGACUCUAUGCCAAACACAACCUUCCCAGUGUGACCACGAGAAGCAGAGAGAAAAGGAUGAAUGAACAGACUGCAUUUGACCAUCGCCAUUUUCUCUAAAAACUUCAUUUGAAGCCAAAUUGGUUUGACAACUCCACCCGGAGCAUGUGGUGACACAAGCAAAACUGGACAAGAGACUCUUUAUGUUCUAAAGACAUUGCUGUUUUUAUCAAUGUAGAAAGCCAUUUGCUUCAGAUUUUUAAAUGUCAAAUGCACCAAUAGGUCACAUUUCAUAAUUACAAUGAUGUUAUUAGGUAAAACCGAGCACAGGAAACACAAUCAAACAAACUGAUGUACAUUACAGCUCAUACCUACACAUCAUUAGCCUUGAAAUGAACUGUCCACAGAUAUAUAAUGACUUGAGUGGAUUUUGUCAACUUAUAUUAGACAUAUAUUUAGAGGAUUUUUUUCAUUUAUUUAAGAAAUAUAAGUGUAUUAGUAACUGUAUUAAAAACUCACAAUUCAUUAA